UGCCAGAGUGUGGGACAUAUGGAGAGGGGCACAAUCCCUGUGCCUCCCCCUGGAUUGGCUGAUAGUGAUGGUCGCCAUACGGAAUCUACAGAUGAUUGACGAGCCCUUCAGUUGAACCAAGCCCUAGGAUGAUCAUGUUGCCCGUCAGCGGUGGCCACCAUCACCACGUCGUGCCUGUGGCUUGUGCCCUAACCUGCUCCUGGCUCCUGCUACUUUUUCAUGCCGUCUUUGGCCAGAAGCCCGCCAAGCUGCCCCUGGUGGGCCGCAAGCCCUUCAUUGCUGCCUGGAAUGCACCGCUGGACCUGUGCACUGUCAAGUACAAUGUCCACACCAACCUGGAGCAACUCUUCCACAUCAGUGGCAGCCCGCGGGCCAUCCGCACUGGCCAGAAUGUCACCAUUUUCUAUGCCAAUCGGCUGGGCCUCUACCCUUUUUACACGGACCAGGGCGUCCCCAUCAAUGGAGGCCUCCCCCAGAACUGCAGCCUGGAGGCCCACCUCCUCAAGACGUACAAGGACAUCGUCCAUUUUAUCCCCUCUGAGGACUUUGCUGGACUGGCAGUCAUCGACUGGGAGUAUUGGCGACCUCAGUGGAACCGCAACUGGCACAAGAAGGACAUCUACCGAUGCAAGUCCCGGGAGAUGAUCGCACAGGCCUAUGUCAACGUGACUCCAUCACAAAUCGAGGUGCUGGCACGAAAACGCUUUGAGAGGAGUGCCCAGGCAUUCAUGCAGAGGACAGUCCAGCUAGGGACGCGCCUUCGCUUUAAUGGACUUUGGGGCUUCUAUCUCUACCCAGACUGCCACAACUACAACCUGCAUGAGCACAACUACACAGGCUCCUGCCCCCUGCUAGAGAGCCUGCGUAACGACGAGCUGCUCUGGUUGUGGAAUAGCAGCACAGCAUUGUUCCCCUCAGUGGCUAUCAGGAAGAGUCAAACAGAUAGUGUCAGCAACCUCCAUUUCUCCCAGUUCAGGGUGCUGGAGUCUCUGAGGAUAGCUGGGCUUACCUCGCACAACUUUGAGCUGCCCACAUUUGUGUACACACGCCUAGGGUACAGGGAUGAGGCUAUGGCCUUCCUCACCACGACAGACUUGAUCCACACCAUUGGUGAGAGUGCUGCUUUGGGGGCUGCAGGUUUUGUGAUCUGGGGAGACCUCAACCUCACUUCAUCCAAACACAACUGCACAAAGGUAAAGUCCUUCCUCAAACACCGCCUGGGUCAAUACAUCACCAAUGUGACACGGGCCGCAGAGGUCUGCAGUGACUUCCUGUGCCAGAGCAACGGCCGCUGUGUCCGCAGGGACCUCCACGCUCCGUACUACCUCCACCUGAGCCGAGACAGCUACCACAUUCAGCCCUCGGGGGACGGGGACUUUGCGGUCACGGGCAAGCACUCGCUGAGUGAGCUCCAACUACUGGCCAAGAGAUUCCACUGUCACUGCUAUGAGGGACACGCCGGGGAGAAGUGUGAUAGUCUGAACAAGGUGGUGGCAGAAGAGGAGGAAGAGGAGGGGGGAGAGUUGGAGGAGGGGGGAGAGGCGGAGGAUGGGGAGAAGGAGCAGAGGGAAAGUGCCGCUCCACAAACUGGGAACAGCUUUAGCUUGGUGGUGUUGCUCCUUCUAUUGAAUGUCUACUUUGUGUGACUGUGGUAUGAUAAUAGCACUUUAAGUGUCUUGUGUUGUUUGGGGUAGGGGAGACAGAGCUUGAAGUCACUUCCAUGGGAACUGCUAUUACGUAAUGCUGUGCCGUCGUCCUACAGGGUCCUGUAUUAUAGUGGGUAACGCUUUACUUGAAGGGUACCUGCAUAAUCACUACAUGACACAUCCAUAACUCAGACAUACUUCAUUUGUAAAGUCUGAUUAUAUAUAACAAUGGGACCAAUAUAAACUCUGGGUGAUUCUUUUGUCAUUUAAGAAUGCGUUGCCAGCAACAGCAAUUACUUGCUGGAAGUGAGCUAACUUCCUAACCUGUCACCUCACCGCUAACACUAUUGGUACCAUUGUAAACACUGACAAUGAAAAGGUAUCUGGGAGUCUUGCUCCAGUCUUCCCUAAUACUGUGUAGUUUCAUAUAUCAAUAAGCUUGACAUUUGCACAACUCAAAUGAGUUUAUUUUUUAAUGGUAAACCUAUCAUUGAAUGAUCAUUAAUUUCAAUAGAUUAUGUAAUUUGGCUAUUAAAAGGAACAAUAAAGUUGAAAAAUUCCUAGACCCUGCGCAAUUUGAAAAAGCCUUGUGUAUUUUUUAGCGAACAUGUUAGGAACCACAUCACAUUUGGGCCACAAGACCUUCCACAUGUGUAAUAGGUGACAUAUAAAAAUGUUGUGCAACAUUGGUGCUAUGGAGAUUGACAGUUGUUUCUUUCCCACACCUUUCUGCAAACAUUGGUGUUCAAUGUUCAACAUCUCAUCGAUUCACCGUUCAAAAGUAAUCCCAAACCUUACUUAUCACUCUGACAUGAAGCUUGAAGUGCAGAUAGAAAGUGGGUAACCAGCAAUUGAAGAGACAAGGUAUUUAAUCUCAUCACCUUUUGCCUUUCCUCCUUAGUACUUUGUCAAUACUAAUUAGGACACUUAGAAGCUAUUUUUUUUGCAACAUCAAAUUCAGUGUCUUCUACCCAGGUUACUCUUGAAAUGUGUGUUGAAAACUGUGUAAAAUGAUUUAUGUACAAUUUUCAUACUAAACUGGAAUGUAAAACCAUUAUAUGUCACAUAUGGACAAUAUUUUAUUUGAAUGGAAAGAAUAGAAAUGUUUAAAAUCUUGCAAGUUUUGUUCAUGUUGUUGUUUACCCAAUGCACGAUGGCACUGUACAAUGUACUCCAAAUGUUCUUUUCAAGGGCUAGUCUUAUAACUGAUGGAGCAGCAAUAUAAGGCAAGUUUCUUUGUGGAUGCUUUACUUUUUGUUGAUGUGUAAUGUGUAUGGAUAAGCGGUUCAUAUACAGUUGAAGUCGGAAGUUUACAUACACCUUAGCCAAAUACAUUUAAACUCAGUUUUUCACAAUUCCUGACAUUUAAUUCCAGUAAGAAUCCCCUGUUUAAGGUCAGUUAGGAUCACCACUUUAUUUGAAGAAUGUGAGAUGUCAGAAUAAUAGUAGAGAGAAUGUGUUAUUUCAGCUUUUAUUUCUAUCACAUUCCCAGUGGGUCAGAAGUUUACAGACACUCAAUUAGCAUUUGGUAGCAUUGCAUUUAAAUUGUUGAACUUGGGUCAAACUUUUCGGGUAGCCUUCCACAAGCUUCCCAUAAUAAGUUGGGUGAAUUUUGGCCCAUUCCUCCUGACAGAGCUGGUGUAACUGAGUCAGAUUUGUAGGCCUCAGUGCUCGCACACAUUUUUUCAGUUCUGUCCAUACAUUUUCUAUAAGAUUGAGGUCAGGGUUUUUUGAUGGCCACUCCAAUACCCUGACUUUGUUGUCCUUAAGUCAUUUUGCCACAACUUUGGAAGUACGCUUGGGGCCAUUGUCCAUUUGAAAGACACAUUUGCAACCAAGCUUUAACUUCCUGACUGAUGUCUUGAGAUGUUGCUUCAAUAUAGCCACAAUUUCCCUCCCUCAUAAUGCCAUCUAUUUUGUGAAGUGCACCAGUCCCUCCUGCAGCAAUGCACCCCAACAACAUGAUGCUGCCACCCCUGUGCUUCACAGUUGGGAUGGUGUUCUUCGGCUUGCAAGCCUCCCCUUUUUUCAUCCAAACAUAACGAUGGUCAAUAUGGCCAAAAAGUUAUAUUUUUGUUUCAUCAGACCGGAGGAUAUUUCUCCAAAAAGUAUGAUCUUUGUCCCAAUGUGCAGUUGCAAAUCGUAGUCUGGCUGUUUUUAUGGCAGUUUUGGAGCAGUGGCUUCUUCCUUGCUGAGCAGCCUUUCAGGUUAUGUAAAUAUAGGACUUGUUUUACUGUGGAUAUAGAUGCUUUUGUACCUGUUACCUCCAGCAUCUUCACAAGGUCCUUUGAUGUUGUUCUGGGUUUGAUUUGCACUUUUCGCACCAAAGUACUUUCAUCACUAGGAGACAGAACACGUCUCCUUCCUGAGCGGUAUGACGGCUGUGUGGUCCCAUGGUGUUUAUACUUGCGUACUAUUGUUUGUACAGAUGAACGUGGCACCUUCAUGCAUUUGGAAAUUGCUCCCAAGGAUGAACCAGACUUGGGGAGGUCUACAAUUGAUUUCUGAGGUCUUGGCUGAUUUAUUUUGAUUUUCCCAUGAUGUCAAGCAAUGAGACACUGAGUUCGAAGGUAGGCCUUGACAUACAUCCACAUGUACACCUCCAAUUGACUCAAAUGGUCAAUUAGACUUUCAGAAGCUUCUAAUUUCAUGACGUUUUCUGGAAUUUUCUAAGCUGUUUAAAGGCACAGUCAACUUAGUGUAUGUAAACUUCUGACCCACUGGAAUUGGGAUACAGUGAGUUAAGUGAAAUAAUCUGUCUGUGAACCAUUGCUGGAAAAAUUACUUGUGUCAUGCAUAAAGUAGAUGUCCUAACCAACUUGCCAAAACUAUAGUUUGUUAACAAGAAAUCUAUGGAGUGGUUGAAAAACUAGUUUUAAUGUCUCCAACCUAAGUGUAUGUAAAUAUCCCGACUUCAACUGUAAGUAGUUCAAACUUCAUUAACAUUUCAUAUAUUUAUCAUUAUGUCUACUUUUUAAUGGAUGAGUGGAUGAUUUAAUCUCAGAAUCACAUCAGUCUUGACUGGAAGGCAAUGGAGCUGGCUCAUACAUUAUAUUGGGGCGGCAGGUAGCCUAGUGGUUAGAGCAUUGAGCCAGUAACCAAAAGGUUGCUGGAUUGAAUCCCUGAGCUGACAAGGUAAAAAAAAAUCUGUCGUUCUGCUCCUGAACAAGGCAUUUAACCCACUGUUCCCCGGUAGGUCUUCAUUGUAAAUAAAAAUCUGUU